CCCUGACGCUCGGCCCGGCCCCCGCGCCUCCCGCGCAUGCGCGGCUCUUCCCGCCAAAUUCGCUGUGAGGGGCGCGGGUCCCGCCCGCCAUGAGCGGGACGGUGCUGGCCGGGACCCCCAUCGCCGUGGACUUCUGGAGCCUGCGCAGGGCGGCCGGCGCCCGCCUCUUCUUCCUGUCCCACAUGCACGCGGACCACACGGUGGGGCUGUCCAGCACCUGGAGCCGCCCGCUGUACUGCUCCCCGAUCACCGCACGCCUCCUGCACAGCCGCCUACGGGUGCCAACAUGCUGGAUCCGGCCACUGGAGGUGGGGCAGAGCCACGUGCUGGACGAGGUGACGGUGACGCUGCUCGACUCCAACCACUGCCCCGGCUCCGUCAUGUUCCUCUUCGAGGGCACCUUCGGCACCAUCCUCUACACAGGAGAUUUCCGCUACACGAGCUCCAUGCAGGGGGAGCCGCUGCUGAGGGGCCGCCGCAUCGACCGGCUGUACCUGGACAACACUCACUGCCACCCGCAGCGGGCGCUGCCCUCGCGCCAGCUGGCCACACGCCAGGCCGCCCGCCUCAUCCGCGCCCACCCGCACCACCACGUCGUCAUCGGUGUGUACACCCUGGGCAAGGAGGCGCUGCUGGUGGACCUGGCGGUGGAGUUCAGCACCUGGGUGGUGGUGAGUCCCUGGCGCCUGGAGCAGAUGCGGCUGCUGGAGCUGCCGGAUGUGUUCACCGCCGAGGAAGGGGCCGGGUGGAUCCGCGCCGUGGAUGUUGCCGAGAUCCGCUGGGAUACCCUGGUCACCUGGAACACUCUGCACCCCACCAUUGCCAUCCUCCCCACGGGCAGGCCUGUCAAAGUCACCCACCCCAAGAUCCACCCCAUCCCGUACUCGGAUCACUCGUCUUUUUCGGAGCUGUGCGAGUUUGUGAAGUGGCUGAAACCUUGCUCGAUCAUUCCCAUUGUGAAGGGCAACAUGUGCCAGGUUUACUUUCAGGAAUACCUGAGCUCUACCCCCCAGGUACUUCCUGACUUCAAAGUCCCAAAGCCUUUGCCAGAGUCUGUGCAGCAGCAAAGCCAAAGGAGGGGGCAGGACCCCAUGUGUCUCUGGAAAAGAGCUGCACGGCAUUCUGCGCCCCAAGGGGUUGUUUUUGAGUCCCCAGAGAAAUGUACUGAGAAACCUGAAGCAUUAACAGGUGCUGAGGUUCCUCAGCAGCACCACUGUGAGCCAGCUUUCUGCUCAAAAGAAGGUUGCACUUGUCACAGGGAUGAGGAAAAAGGGAAGGGAAAGCUGAGUGGGGAAGAGCUGGGAGCAGCAGGAGCAGCCACUGCUGUUAGCCAGGCACCUGUUUCCAAGGAGCACUUUACAGCUGGAUUUGCAGAGCAGUAUUUACUCACUCCCUUAAAUGUCCUAAAGCAGAAUUCCUCACGGACGUUUGACAAGCUGGUACAAGACUUUUUUAGGAGGGGAGAAAUGCCCUGAAAAAUUGUGUGACACUUGGUGGUGCCAGUAGCAGUGAUUCAUCCUGCUCUCCCUGCUCAGGUUUCCUAUCAGGAGAGAGGAGCUCAGCUAUGGGGCUCUACUUUAACUCUUAAUAGAGGACAAAGAGGAAACUAGAACCAGUUUUUAGAUGUUACAUUUUUAAAAUUUAUUUAUUUUUUUAAUCUUUCUGCAUCUGCUGAGUCUCCAGUACAGGGGGCAGUGCAGUCCCACUGCCUGCAUGCCUCUUGUCCACCUUUUGCAGUGACUCACCUGUCCCCUGUGACAGAAGACACUGCCAGGUCGAUUCAAGCAGCACUGCAGAGGGUGUCAGCUGCCUUCAGCUGACAUUAUUAAUGUUUGGAAUGUGAUGAAAGAAGCAAGGAGGGGGAAUCUGAGAGCCCCAAGGAUUCUUCUUUCUACAUGUCUGUGAUGCUUCACUGACUGUGAAUGGUUCAUUCCAAGGUGCAUUUCAAAUGUUUUUUACGAAGAUACACUUUUUAAAAUGCUGCUUAAAUCUAGAAAAUGAAGUGCCUCUAAGUGUUAAUAAUCUGUUUUUUAUCUGUUAAUCUACUAAUACUUCCAGCUUUUGCAUCCAUCCAGCCAACUGCAGCUGGCUGUAGUUCUGCUCUCCUGAAAGUACCAUCCCAAUGUUAAUUGUCAGUGCUUUUUGAGGUUUCUGCCUGAGGAAAGACAGGAAUUGUCUGGGCUCCUGAGUUGUAGAGUGGGUCACUACAUCCUCUGCAGUUUCUGGACUCUGCACAUCUGAAUUCUGCUUGACUGCACUUCUGAUAACUGCCAGCAUUCUGCCUUCCCAUCCACUGCCUGCUCUUGUCACGCAGUGGCAAAUGGAAUGGAAGAUAGUGAAACAUCUGCUUAGUGGUGUGAAGUGAUCAGUCUUAGCAGCAUUGUUUGGAAAGAAGACUGAACAGCAAAAUUGGCUCUUAGAGGUCAGGCACUUUCCCACUCCAGAUCAACUGCAGAGCCAGGCCUGGCACUUGAGAAUUGUCAGUGGUGUAUAAGUCAUUAGGUACCCACUGCAGAGCCUGGAACACUGGAGUUGUCUGUGACAAACUGCACUGCCAACAUUGCAGAUUGGCUCCUUGUAUGGUCAGGGCAGCAACACUGGAGUGGAAAUGGUCACUGGGCACUUUCCUGGAGCAACACACCAGCUGGUUCCUCAGCUCUCUCCAGCCUCCUUUUGUUACUUUCAAGGCAAAACGUUUCACGUGAUCGUGAUGAGGAUCAGAGCCUUCUGAACGUAGUGUCCUGGGAGGUCUGUCCAAGACCAGGCAGCCAGAUGGAUUGAAUUCCCUGAACUGAG